AUGUUCAAAAAGCAUAAGAAUCAGGAUUUAGAUAUGUCGUUUCUAUGGAAAAAGAAUCCUAAACCUCCAAAUGAAUACGUGAAGUACUCGUUGGAGCUAACGAGCAAGCUGCCCGGUACGACUACCUUAGAUAAUAAGAAGAAGCUGCAAGAUGAUUUAUUGAAAUAUCUGACAGAAAUAAAAGAGAUCUUGAUCUCAAAAGAUGAUCUGGAACUGACCAAUGCGUUACAUUUGGAGAUCAAUAAAAUGAAUUUUUUCAUAGUUCUGAUAAAUAAUUUACAUGAAUUAAACUUGGAUAUCAUGAAAGAGCUAAAUACUAUCUUCACCGUUGCGUUAAAUUACUCGAUUGAUAAUAAACUCGUCACUGUAGACUAUUUUGUAUUGCAUCCAAAGACAGUACAAUUAUUAUUAGUGAAAAUUGAAUCUAUUUUGCAACAGAAGACAAAAUACUCGAACUCUACAAAUAGCCGAAAUGAUAUGUUCUCCAUUACUGGGAAAAUGAUAUUGGAGUGUACAAAAUAUGAACAAUUAUGUAGAAUUAUUUUGAUUAAAGACACGAAUUUCUGGAAAUUCUUCUCUUUUGCAAAGAUGAAUAAUUUUGAAAUCAGUUCAUUAUCUUUUCAAAUAUUAAUUUCAUUAUUCACAACAAAUGAAAAAUUAGUCUCAAAAGAAUUCUUCAACAUUGAAUCAAAUUCAAAUAAGUUCAUCAUUAAUAUGAAUAAAUUAAUUGCUCAUGGUAAUUACGUUACCAAAAGACAAAGUCUAAAAUUGUUGCAUGAUUUAAUAAUAGUAAAAUCAAAUAAUAUUAUGAUGAGCUACAUUAAUUCCCCUGAAAAUAUGAAACUAAUAAUGACUGUUAUGACAGAUAAAUCAAAAUUACUCCAACUAGAUGCAUUCAACAUAUUCAAAAUAUUCGUAGCAAAUCCAAGAAAGACAAAACCAAUACUAGAUAUUCUGAUAAAAAAUAGAGAUAAAUUAUUAUUAUAUUUAAACAAUUUUGCUGAUGAUAGUUUCGACAGGAUGUUCAAGGAUGAAAAAGAAUUUAUAAUACAGGAAAUUGAGUCAUUGCCUAGAUUAUUUAGUUCCACUACAGAUAGUAUCGCAAGUACAACUCCACCAACACAUAAAAAUUCAAUGUCUAACGGUAGUUUAAAUUCAACUGCCAAUAUCGUGCAUACCGGAGCUUCAAUGAAUCCUCAUAAAAUCAUAGGUUCACCGAGCUCCAACUCAUUAUCAAGAACAUAUCAAGAUUCCAUCUCGCAUUAA